AUGUCUGGAAGCGCAGGCUACGACCGACACAUCACCAUCUUCUCGGACCAGGGCCGCCUCUAUCAAGUCGAAUAUGCAUUCAAGGCCAUCACCGCGGCGAACAUCACAUCACUGGGCGUGCGGGGCAAGGACUGUGCGGUAGUCAUCUCGCAGAAGAAGGUGCCUGACAAGCUCAUCGACCCCUCCUCCGUCUCGCACAUCUUCAGGCUGUCGCCGUCUGUCGGCUGCGUCAUGACCGGAUCCAUCGCCGACGCCCGGGCCUCAGUAAGCAGGGCGCGGGGUGAAGCUGCCGAGUUCCGCUACAAGUACGGCUACGAGAUGCCCUGCGACGUGCUGGCGAAGCGGAUAGCCAACAUCAGCCAGGUCUACACACAGCGGGCCUACAUGCGCCCGCUCGGUGUAGCCACGACCCUCAUCUCCCUCGACUCCGAGUACGGCCCCCAGCUGUACAAGUGCGACCCGGCAGGCUACUACGUGGGCUACAAGGCAACAGCAUCUGGCCCCAAGACGCAAGAGGCGCUCAACUUUUUGGAGAAGAAGCUGAAGAACAAGGAGCACGCCGAGGGCAGCUGGGAAGAGGUCGUCGAGCUGGCCAUCACCGCCCUCAGCACCGUCUUGUCGGUCGACUUCAAGAAGGGCGAGUUGGAGGUCGGUAUUGUGGGAGGGCCCAAGCUCAACGGAGAGGGCACAGACGCUACCUUCAGGGCACUCACCGAGGAGGAGAUCGACGAAAGACUGCAGUCAAUCGCCGACAAGGACUAA